GGCUUAUUUCAGAUCAGAAACAAUGAGAUAUGGAUGGGACAAACCAAACAGCAGUGACAGAGUUCAUUUUUCUUGGGUUUUCUAGUGUUCUCUAUCUGCGGCUAACUUUGUUUGUGAUAUUUCUCACUGUGUAUCUGCUCUCCCUCAUGGGAAACACUCUUAUUAUUUUCAUUGUUCUCACGGAUGUCACACUCCAAACACCCAUGUACAUUUUUUUAGGAAAUUUGUCAUUCCUGGAGAUCUGGUACACCACAGCCACGGUGCCUAAGUUGCUGGCCACCUGCCUCGCACGGGUUGUUACCAUCUCUGUUUUUGGUUGUAUAACCCAGUACUACUUCUUUUUCUCCAUGGGAGCUACAGAGUGCAUCCUGCUCGCAGUGAUGGCCUAUGACCGGUACCUGGCCAUCUGCAGCCCUUUAAGGUAUUCACUUCUCAUGAGUCUUCGGGUGUGCCUGCGGUUUUCAGCUGGAUCAUGGAUUGGGGGCUUCAUUGCCCCUCUGCUACCUACUAUACUCAUCUCCCAUCUAAGCUUCUGUGGCCCCCAGAAGAUCAACCAUUUCUUUUGUGACUCAGACCCCAUUUUUAAACUGUCUUGCUCUGAUACAUUUUUGGUGGAGGCCUUGGGCUACACAUGUACAUCUGUUGUGAUUCUAAGUUCUUUCCUUCUCACUAUGUUUUCCUAUGGAUACAUUGUGGUCACAAUAAUCAAGCUGUCUUCCCAAAAAGCUCAGAGGAAAGCUUUUUCCACAUGUGCCUCCCACCUCACUGUGGUCACCAUUUAUUAUGGCACCAUUAUCUUUGCUUAUGUUCGCCCUCCAGCCACACACAACUUCACUAUUGGUAAAGUGAUCUCAGUGUUCUACUGUGUGGUCACUCCAUUGGUAAACCCUCUCAUAUACACCCUGAGAAACAAAGAUGUGAAGAAAGCUUUCAGAAAAGUUCUAACAAGAAAGAGAUUGCUUUUGACCAGAAAGAUGCAAUAAAUUUGAGAGAUAUUUUUAAAUAAUCAGUUUAGAAUGGGUUCCCAAGUCACACUUGCAAACAGGAAGAAUUAAAAAUUACAUAUAAAAUUAAUAUCAUUUAAUAUGGACAUUUUGGGUUGAAUUCUACUAAAAUAGAAUUGUAUAACUGUUCUGCUUUAAUGUCUUAGUGCAAUGCCACAAUGAUAUGGGUAACUCAAACUUUCUAUUCACAAGAGAUUCACAACCAGAAAAUAGGCUGACUUAAUUCCAUGUGAUAUUUAAUGAAUGUUUUCAUACUUUACACCUUAAUAGUAGGUAAAUAGUUGUUUUAAUUAAAUGAUCCAGUAUUAUACCAUCUGAUAGAUGGGCUAUUAUAAAUGUGUCAGUUUUUACCUCAAAAUAACUCAAUCAAUAAAUGUCGUUAAAAACAUAUGAUGAGCUAGGGACUGCAUUUAAUUGGUGUUUAUAUAAUUGUGGAUAUAAACUGAAAUAGAUACUUAUUUAGAAGACUUUGGGUAAUUAACUUUUUCUGGAUGAUAGAAAUAGUAGAAAUACAUUAUAUUAAAUUUUUUCUCGAUAAUACAACUGGAUCUCAAGAUAUUAGCAGAGGUUGUGGGCACUUGGGUGGCUCAGUCAGUUAAGUGGCCAAAUUUCAAUUCAGGUAAUGAUCUCAGCUCCUGAGGUUGAGCUCUGCAUCAGGCUCUGCACUGACA